AUGGCUGAGACCGCCAAGCUCCAGCUGUUUGUCAAGGCGAGCGAGGACAGUGAGAGCGUGGGUCACCGCCCUUCUCGUCAGAGGCCCACGAUCCUGCUUCUCAAGGGCAUGUCCUUCACACUCGCCCCCGCGGACCCCCGCAGGUCCCCAGAUGUGCUGAAGGACUUUGCCCCGGGUUCGAAGCUGCCCAUCCUGCUCUAUGACGGCGGCGCCAAAACGGACACGCUGCAGAUUGAGGAGUUUCUGGAGGAGACGCUGGGCCCCCCGAGUGACGGCCGGGUGCGAUUCCCCAGCCUAGCGCCCAGAUACAGGGAGUCCACCGCGGCGGGCAAUGACGUCUUUCACAGAUUCUCAGCCUUCAUCAAGAACCCGGUGCCCGCGCUGAACGAUGCCCUGUAGCAGCAUCUGCUGCGCGCCCUCGCCAAGCCGGACAGCUACCUGCGCGCGCCCCUGGAGCGCGAGCUGGCGCGGGAGCCGCAGCUGCGCGAGUGACGCCGCCGCUGUGUGGACGGCGACCAGCUCACGCUGGCUGAUUGCGGGCUGCUGCCCACGCUGCACGUCGUGAACACGGUGUGCGCGCACUUCCGCCAGGCGCCCAUCCCUGCUGAGCUGCGCUGCGUCCGCCUCUAACUGGACAACGCCCUGCAGGAGAAAAAACAAAACUACACGUGUCCACACAGCGCCGAGAUCCUGGCGGCCUAG